AUGUUCUGGGACGCUUUUACCCACAACAUGUCCAACGCCGAGUGGUUCGGUGAGCUGUCCGUGUGGCUCCUCAUUUUCCUCGUCCUUCGCUACGGCGUCGCCAUCCACCGGAUUCCCAACCCAGAUCGCCAGCGUGGAGUCAACGUCCGCCGAGUGGAUGGCGUGAUCCAGCUCGAUCUCAUGUGCCGACGCCCCCCUGACCAACGAUGUCGCCAAACACUAUCCCGCGAGCCACAGCCUUCGGUUUCUCUUUGCGCCGACUGA